CACUGCGUAAGCAUGUAAUUUAUCGGAAAACUUCAAACAUGCAAAUCAGCUACAAAUCGCAGCGGCUCAGCCAAACAAGUUUCGAACUUCCCGCGUACAUUUAAGGGGAGACGCGGGUCGAAAAAUCGAGUUUUUUCCGGAAAUUUUCACUUUUUUGUUUUCAGUCGUAUUAGAUUCUUUAAACAUUCAUGUUUACCAGAAAUAAAUUUCAAUCGGUAAUUCGUGUCAGAAGUUACUGAAAAAUGCGCUCAAGUAAGCCCCGGAGACCUAGAAAAUCGCUGAAAUCUGCCGAAAUCGACGUUUUCCCGGCCUCGGUAUCUCGAGGCAGCGGCACCGUGCGCCAUUUGUAAUCACUGAGGCGGGUAGAGUUGUCCAUGCUCUCUCGAAAACAGGCUCGGAAAGUCUCGUCCGGAAAGAAAAAAAUACUAUAAAAAAGCCUUUUUUGAACGCCCCUGCGUGCCGUUUGAAUCGCGCGGCGCGUCACGUGGUGCCGUAGCGAGCGCGCCAUUGGCUAGCGCAGCGCCCGCUUGUCCCUUCGGCCCCGCGCUGCAUCGCAAGCUGAACUUCCCAAGGAUUUAUUCAAUUAGUUACGCGAUGAAUCCUGCCAGAAAGCAGGUGUACAAAGUGAAAAAGUACCGGACGAUAAACAAGUAUGUGGGAAAACGUCGUAAAGUGCGUCGUCAGACUGCGGCAAAGGUGAACGGCCCGGAGAGGUCUAGGCCUAACCCCAGCGUCGGCAACGAUCGCGACAGUGACUUCGCCGGCGGCCUCGACGCUGCCGCAAACUUCGUCAGCGCCUCACAAAAAAAACUGGAGUUUUUUGAGAAGAACCAAAGGCAUGCGCGUGAUGGCGUAUCAUCAGCAGUGCUGUGCGACAUCGAUGCGAUGACGGCACUUGUGGGCGGAGCGGAGUGCCCGUCUUGCCGUGAACACAAACUUGUUGUUCGCGAGGUGGCAGAACGGCGCAAAGGACUGUCGUCCUGUCUCGAGUUGUGGUGUGAGAACAGUGAGUGCGCGUCUGGUGUUCUCUCUUCGACACAUACGUCGAGGCGUGUUGCCUCCGGCGAAGCCGCCGCAGCAUCUGACGACUGCGCGGAGGUGGGGCACUACGGCAACGGCAGCUCGCGCGAUAGCUUCGCGGCUAAUGUGAAAGCUGUUGUAGCCUCGCGUGCCAUAGGCAUCGGACAUGACCAGCUUUCGCGGUUUUGUGCGAUUGUUGGACUAGCGAAGCCCAUGCACCACAAAACCUUCCAGGCAAUCAGCAAGAAGGUUCACGAUGCUGCUAUGAGGGCCGUAACCGAAAAUUUGAACCAGGCAAGAGCCGUAACAAAGCAGGUGGUUGAUGGUAGUGACGUGGCCGUAAUGUAUGACGGAACUUGGCAGAAACGGGGCCAUAAAAGCCACAACGGAGUCGGCGCGGCUAUCUCCCUGGACACCGGCCUGUGCUUAGAUUUCGAAGUCCUGUCGAAUUACUGCCACGCUUGCAGUCUACACAACGACAUGGGCUCUGAAGAGGAAAUCUGGCAGGCCUACCACAGACCUGUCUGUGAGAAGAACACCGAUAGCUCCGCUCAUGGCAUGGAAGCUGAAGCAGCACUACGGAUAUGGGAGCGCACUUUGCUGUAUGAGACUCCACUUCGCUUCACAACAUUUCUUAGUGAUGGCGACAGCAAAGCAUAUAACGGAGUUUGUGAUGCCAAGGUGUACGGUGCAGGUGCCAUCUGCAAGGAGGACUGCACUAAUCAUGUUGCGAAGCGCCUAGGCACUGGCAUACGCAAAUUGCCGACACCACUGCCCAGAGGCGAGAAGCUCAAGCCUGCCACCAUUGAAAAGCUGCAGACAUAUCAGAUCGCCAUCACGGGCAAUAGAGGCAACCUACGGGACAUGUACACUGCCAUAUGGGCGUCCUACUUUCACUCGUGCUCCACUGAUGGUGCUGGCAGCCACAACUUCUGCCCACCAGGCCAAGAAUCGUGGUGCAAGCACAAGCGUGCUGAAGCAAUGGGCGAGCCUGCACCACAGCAUACACCACUUCUGACAAAGGCACAGGGCCGGGCACUGCUGCCCAUAUACAAGCGCCUUUCUGACGAGAAGCUGCUGGCCCGAUGCCUUCGAGGGAAAACUCAGAACGCUGCUGAGUCUCUCAACAGCAAGGUGUGGCUGCUGUGCCCAAAAACAAAGUUUGCUUCCCGAAGUGCUGUGGAGACUGCCACAGCCAUUGCUGUGCUCUGGUAUAACCGGGGCCAUGCAAGCUUCGAGGUGGUCCUGGAGGAGCUUGGUGUUCUACCACCAGCAAGCUUGAUCACCCUGGGGGACUACAGCGACAAGAGGCGCAUUCAGAAGAUGAAUGCCCAACAGACUGCUGAGGUGAGGGCUCACCGCCGCGCAUCGGCCACGAGAGCUCGCCUACAGGACUCCGCUCGGAAGGACCGCGAAGGAGUUACAUACAGUGCGGGUGAAUUCUAGUCACCGUGGCCAGCUCCUGGGCAUACUGCCUGUGCAUUGAACAGACUUUUGAGUGUUUGCAAGUGCACCCUAAUUAGUAAACAUGUUUCAAACUUUCAAACGUGUUUUUCUCAUUUUGAAAUUUUUGGCCACGGUCACAUUUCACUCACAUAGUUUCAUCCCCUUAAAAUUGUCCUAUUGCGAUGAAACUUGGCACACACAUUCUUCAAGGUGUGUAGAGUGCCGUUAUCUAUUCUGAUUUAUGAUACAUAGCCAUUAUCAAUAAAAACAUACCAAGAAAUGAUACAAGGAACCCUGAAAAAAAGAAGUUUGGCAGAUCUGUUCAUUUUUUGUAGUAACAGCUUUUUUUUCUCAUAAUUUUAACCUCUUAAAUGCACACAGUAGUUCAUGACAAGCAUAAUAAGCUAUUACACAAACAUCUACACAAAAGUUUUGAUGUCAAAAAAGCGAGAGUAAAAAUACCUUUGUUUUGCUAUUGCAUGUAUAAUAACUUUAAAAGUAAUGAGGCCACACAAAAUCUGAUAACAGUUUUGGAAUCUACAAGAAAAGAUAUCUCUGUGGCUAAAUUUUGGAAACCCUAACUUGAAAACUAAAGAAAAAGUGUUUUCGAGUAGCAUCUCCCCUUAAGGUUGCAUUGUUCCACGAUACAUAGCACCAGCCACCGAUCCGAUUGGAUAUGUCCAGCAAACGUCGCUAGACAUCUAGUGGGCAGCGAGCAUAGUCUUUGCUUCACUGCUUCCUGUGAGCGGAGGGUGCCGCCAAA